AUGCGCGGCUCGUUGGUGACAAAGGCUUGCGUGGCCGCCUCAGCAGGCGGCAGCUUGGUGCUCGCCUAUCCAGGAAUGGGGCGGAUGAACGAGUUGAUCGCACAAAUAAAAGCCCAGGGUUCCAUCAACUCGACCAUUCGACACGAAGGCGACCUAAUCACGAGUGGUCCCAUACUGGCACCUUCACCUCUUGACUCAACCGAGGUCAUCGGUGAUCUCGUCGACAUCCCCGAUGCUGGACUCACAGUUGUGGGCAGGUCCGUUCGAAACAUUCUAGUCCGCGCCCCAAACGAGCCCGCCGAGGGCACCGACAUUUAUCCCUCCAUCGACUCGGUCCCAGACAUGGGCACGCCCGCGUGCAGGGCCGACGUCUGCUGCAUCUGGUGGUAUGUCGGAUACGACAUGUAUGACAUGUUCACGGCGAGAGAUGGCAGCUGCACAAAAGCUGCACAGGCAGCCAUUCGUCUAGGUUUCCACGACGCUGCCGGCUGGUCCAAAGGCACGGCACCGAUCGGGGGUGCGGACGGUUCCAUCGUGCUGGCCCCUGAGGAGAUGGCUCGGCGGGACAACCGUGGCUUGGCCGAGAUCGUCGACCAAAUGCAAGAAUGGUACGACUACUACAACGAAUACGGCGUCGGUAUGGCGGACCUGAUCCAAUUCGGCGCCACCGUAGCGGCCGUGUCGUGUCCACAGGGCCCACGCAUCCGGUCCUUCAUCGGCCGUAUCGACUCGCGCGUGCCCGCCCCUGAAGGACUCCUCCCGCCCGUCGAAGGCAGCGCCGAAUUCAACAUUGAACUUUUUGUCAACAAAACUAUUAUGCCCAACGGGCUUGCGGCGCUGCUGGGGGCGCACACCACGAGCAACCAGCGGUUCGUCAACGCGGACCGCGAGGGCGACGCGCAGGACAGCUCGCCGGGCUACUGGGACACACAAUUCUACCGCGACACCCUGGCGUUCCCCGGCGGCGAUCCGGACGUCUUUACCUUCCAGAGCGACGUCAACCUGUCACUGGACCCGCGGACCGGACCCAGGUUUCUCGACUUUGCACGCAUGGGCGUCGAGCAGCGCGCGUGGAACGCCGAGUACGCCAGGGAGUACGUCCGCCUGAGCAUGCUGGGCGUCUACAACAUCAACAACCUCGUCGAGUGCACGCGCGCCAUGCCGCCUGCCUAUGACCAGGAAUGGUGGGCCCUGAGGAGGAGGGUCAAGCGCAAGGUUCCCAGCCGCUUCAGCGAACCCAAGAAGCCAAGAGAAGAGGAGGUGGCUCCCGUUGCCGAUUCGGUAUAA